AGAGUUGCAGCCCUCGCUUUUUAACGUCCUAGUCAUUGUCCUUGAAACCCGAGCUCCCUCACUGCUCGCCCCCAACUCUGGGCGUUUAAAAGCUGAAGAGGAAGUGAAAGCGUCAAGUACAGCUGUGGACCCUGCACCAGUCCACCAAACACCGGCUUGGACAGAGGGGCGCGCGAGAUCCUGGAGAAGGGGCUGCAAGCCGCCUGAUUGACAGCCCGAAAUCUGAUCUUGUGAAAGAGACGCGGAGCCAAUGGGAGGCAGCGAUCCAUCAGUUUGGAUUGGAGGCCCCUGGAGGAGAAGUAGAGGAAAAACCACCGAAUUGAGCUCUGUCAGAGGCGCUUUCGGCUUCCAAGGGGAAGUGCUGGGCAAUAAUUAAUGUUUUUAUUAAAUUUGGAGGGAAUUUUUUGCAGCAGUUCGCCUAGCGUGGCCUUCAGUCCCGUUAGGUGCAAAGCAAGUCUCGUUGAUCGCCAUUGCUAGUUUUGCACACGUUUGCGAAUCAGAGCUGCCCGGGGUACACCGACCGCCCAGGGAAACAUCGAGAGUGUACAUAAAUACAUCGUCUCUUGUUCGGAUUUUUGCUACCGCCGAAAAUAUGUAAAUUGUGAACUCUUGGCUCUCUUUGGAUCCAGCCUAAAAGCCAUCUUGUUCCCCUCUAGGUUGACAGAAGUCCAGAUCCCGAGGAAAUCUCCUGCUAAAUGCUCAAAAUAUAAAACACUGAGCUGAGAUUUGCGAAGAGCAGCAGAAUGGAUGGAUUUUAUGACCAGCAAGUGCCUUACAUGGUCACCAAUAAUCAGCGUGGGAGAAAUUGUAACGAGAAACCAACAAAUGUCAGGAAAAGAAAAUUCAUUAACAGAGAUCUGGCUCAUGAUUCAGAAGAACUCUUUCAAGAUCUAAGUCAAUUACAGGAAACAUGGCUUGCAGAAGCUCAGGUACCUGACAAUGAUGAGCAGUUUGUGCCAGACUAUCAGGCUGAAAGUUUGGCUUUUCAUGGCCUACCACUGAAAAUCAAGAAAGAACCCCACAGUCCCUGUUCAGAACUUGGCUCUGCCUGCAGUCAAGAACAGCCCUUUAAAUUCAGCUAUGGAGAAAAGUGCCUGUACAAUGUCAGUGCCUAUGAUCAGAAGCCACAAGUGGGAAUGAGGCCCUCCAACCCCCCGACACCAUCCAGCACUCCAGUGUCCCCAUUACAUCAUGCAUCUCCAAACUCAACUCAUACUCCAAAACCAGACCGCGCUUUCCCAGCUCACCUGCCUCCAUCGCAGUCCAUGCAAGACAGCAGCUACCCCAUGGACCACAGAUUUCGCCGCCAGCUUUCUGAACCCUGUAAUUCCUUUCCUCCUUUGCCGACAAUGCCGAGGGAAGGACGUCCUAUGUACCAACGGCAGAUGUCUGAGCCAAACAUCCCCUUCCCACCUCAAGGCUUUAAGCAGGAGUACCACGACCCAGUGUAUGAACACAACACCAUGGUUGGUGGUGCGCCCAGCCAAAGCUUCCCCCCGCCUCUGAUGAUUAAACAGGAACCCAGAGAUUUUGCAUAUGAUUCAGAAGUGCCUAGCUGCCACUCGAUUUAUAUGAGGCAAGAAGGCUUCCUGGCUCAUCCCAGCAGAACAGAAGGUUGUAUGUUUGAGAAGGGUCCCAGGCAAUUCUAUGAUGACACCUGUGUUGUCCCAGAGAAAUUUGACGGAGACAUCAAACAAGAGCCAGGAAUGUAUCGGGAAGGACCCACAUACCAGCGGCGAGGAUCACUGCAGCUCUGGCAGUUUUUGGUAGCUCUUCUGGACGACCCUUCAAAUUCUCAUUUCAUUGCCUGGACUGGGCGAGGCAUGGAAUUUAAACUGAUUGAGCCUGAAGAGGUGGCCCGGCGUUGGGGCAUUCAGAAAAACAGGCCAGCUAUGAACUAUGACAAACUUAGCCGUUCACUCCGGUAUUAUUAUGAGAAAGGAAUCAUGCAAAAGGUGGCUGGAGAGAGAUAUGUCUACAAAUUCGUGUGUGAUCCAGAAGCCCUCUUCUCGAUGGCCUUUCCAGAUAACCAGCGCCCGCUACUGAAGACAGACAUGGAACGUCACAUCAAUGAAGAGGACACAGUGCCGCUGUCUCACUUUGAUGAAAGCAUGGCCUACAUGCCUGAAGGGGGUUGCUGCAACCCCCACCCCUACAAUGAAGGCUACGUAUAUUAACACAAGUGACAGCCAAGCAGGGCCUCCUUGCUCUUGCCGUCUUUUUGCAAGAUGCAGAGAAUCUCUGAAUUCUCUUGAAUCUUUGAUUUUUGUUGUUUGUAUUUUAUUUUAAAAUAAUAAUACACAAAAAGGGGCUUUUUCCUGUUGCAUUAUUCUAUGGUCUGCCAUGGACUGCGCACUUUAUUUGAGGGUGGGUGGGAGUAAUCUAAACAUUUAUUCUGUGUAACAGGAAGAUAAUGGGUGGGGGGCAUCGGGGAUUCCUUUUUACUUAGGCUUGGGAUGGGGUCCUACAGGUUUUAAGUAUGAUGAAGCUAUAUCAUGUUUAUUUGAUUUCCUAACAACAAAAAAAUGUUCAUUGUCUCUGGGUAUCUAUGGUACAGUUAAUUCACAUUGUGUAAAUAUCCACUUGGAGACUAUUUGCCUUGGGCAUCUUCCCCUAUCAUUUCUGAGUGUAAGGUGUACAAAGAAAUCUGUAAAUGGCAGUUUAAUUGUUAGAGAUAACUGUUUUUGCACCUCUUGUAGAAAGGUAUUUAGAGAUUGCAUUUGCUGUUUUUUUGUCUGUUUGUUUGUUUUGCUUUGUAUAUGACUCACAGAGGAUAACCAUAAAAUGGGUAAUUCUCUCUGAAGUUGAAUAAUCAAUACAACUGUAAAUGAGGGGCACGAUUUUGGACUCUGGCUUCAAACUGAGUCACAGGCCAGUAGCGUUACAUGUAUCUGGUGCCACCUUGCUGUUUAGAUACAAAUCAUACUAUCAUUUAAAAAGUUUGAAGCCCAUUUCUGUUAAAUAAAGAUACAUCAUGGUCCUUUGAGACCUUCAUUUAAAUGUUAAAUCUGGGAUCACAAUGAAGCAAAAAAUAUUCGUGUCUUUUCACUUCCUUUAGCACAUAAAAACAUUAUUUAAUCAAUAAGAAUUAACUGUACUAAAUCACAUAUUAUGCUGUUCUAGACACAGCAAGCAUUCCUUAAGAAAAAUAUCCAAUACACUUAAAUAGGUACUAUAGUAAUUUUUAGAGAUGGUACCCACUGAUAUGCAUUUAAACCUUUUACUGCUGUGUUAUGUUGAUAACAUAUAUAAAUAUUAGAUAAUGCUAAUGCUUCUGCUGCUGUCUUUUCUGUAAUAUUCUCUUUCAUGCUGAAUUUACUAUUACCAUUUAUAAGCAAUGCAGUUAACUACAGAUAGCAUUUCAGGACAAAAUAGAUGACUCAAACCAUUUAUUGCUUAAAAAAUAGCUUAUGCCAUGCUAUGCUAUAAGCAGCUUUGAUGCACACUGACAAAUGAAGAGUAAGCUUCAGCUUGCUAAGGAAACUGUGGAAACUUUUGUAACUUUUCGUGAAAUGGAAAAUUAUUUACAAACUGUUAAAGUAUAUGAGGAAGUUGCUGUAUGACAUAGUGCUGGCACUGAUAUCCAUCAUCUUGUUUUGACACUCAUGUAAAUGUUAUUGGAUUGUUUGAAAGAAGAUUUAAAGAUUUAAAGUUUCAAAGGUUUUUGUUUUGUUUUUGUUUUGCAUUUGGAGAAAAUUUUGAAAGCAGGAUAUGUUGUUCCGUUCACAUUGAAAACACCGUAAGUGAAUGGGGUCAUGGUAUCUCUUGAAUAACUUGCUAACCCAGCCAGGUAACAAAAAUGAAUUUUGUUCAGUCCAUCAAUAUCCCAGAGAAACAACAGUUUUUUAAGAGUUUAUAGCAAAA